AUGCACCUGUACUGGCAUUAUGUGGCUCUCUUCUCCCUGGCAUGUCUGAUGAUGCCGAGGAUUGCAUCUGCAUCAGAAGCCAUUCCUCAAUGUGCUGUCAAUUGUGAACAACAAUUCUCUAAUACAACAUCCUGCUCAACAACUGACACAACAUGUCUCUGCAUUGAUACCACAUACCAGACUGAUCUGUUCAGUUGCGCUAUGGCCAAUUGCUCCAUGAAAGAAGCACUAACGGCCAAAUACAUCACCUCCAGACACUGUGAUCUCCCAAUCCCUCAGCUAUACCCCGAAGCAGACCCUGCGACAAUUAUUCCAUUCAUUUUGGCGACAAUUUUGUUUGCGAUCCGGAUGACUGCAAAGUUUUUGCAGCUUGGUGGUGGGUGGGGGGCAGAUGAUUAUACGGUUAUUGUCGCAUAUGGACUGGCAAUUGUUGCGUUUGCGCUGAACACCUCAAUGGUGCAUUAUGGCUUUGGAAUGAACAUAUGGGAUAUACGUCCACAGAGCGACAUCACCACAGCUUAUAAGAACUUCUUUGCCUUCAUCCUUGUCUACAAAGCCCUGAUCUCUCUUGCCAAAAUCUCUGUCUGCCUCUUCCUCCUCCGCAUCUUUCAAGCACCCAUCUUCCGCUACACAAACUAUAUCAUAAUAGCCAUCAACACUGCAAUUGCAAUCACCUGGAUACUAACUGACAGUUUCCACUGUAUACCAGUGCAUCUUGCAUGGACAGGAUGGGCAAUGGAGGAACAAGGAACGUGUAUUAAUUUUAUUGCAUCAACAUUUGCAAAUGGAUUUGUGAAUAUUGCGGUGGAUACGGUCAUGGUAUUCAUGCCAAUUUAUGAGGUGUUGAAGUUGAAUUUGUCAAUGCAGAAAAAGCUCGGGGUUGCUGUUAUGUUUGCAGCAGGACUAGUAUUAACGGCUAUCGGAAUCGUCCGAGUGGUUAUUUUAGCCCAAAACAUCCCCGACACAAACCCAACUUAUCAAUUGGAACCCUUAAUCCACUGGUCUGCAAUUGAAUGCCAAAUUGCCAUCAUCUGUGUCUGCCUUCCCACAAGCCGCGCCCUCUUUGCCCACAUCCUCCCUGGCACAGACACAACCCACAGCUCUUCAGCUGCCCACCGAUACCCAACUACAACAGGAGCUUCAAGCAGGGCUGCUGCUGUAUCUGCUUUUGCUAGAUCAGGGACAGGUGAGAAGGAGAAGGGCCAGAUUUCAAAGACAAUGACAUAUUCAGUGGAUAUUGGCACAAAGACUAAGCAGUUGAAGAGGGAGUCCGAUGGGUUUAUUAGAUUGAGGGAUAUGGAGACUGGGGAGGGGAGGGGUUGA